AUGAUUGAAGCAGCAUAUCCUGUCCGCCAUGAUGAGACUGUCGAGACUGAUGCAAUCGAUAAAUGCCCUCAAAGCAUUAAAACUCUUCGGUGGACUUUACACGACGCCGAAAAAUCGAAAACAUGGGAUUUGUUUCGUUCCGAAAAAGCCACCAGAACACUAGCUCGAGAGAUUGUAAAAGCGGAACCAAGGGUGGCCAACCGGCAAAAGUGCUGGUCCAACGACCAAAGGGUUUCCAACCUUGAAAAUGCCAUUGAUGGUGUUCUCAACGAAACUAUCGAAGAAAAGUCCCCUAUCGAUCAAAAUCGUCGAUUUAGAAAGACAAACUUUUCACGGGACUUGGAGGCAGCCAUUCGAGCUGUGUGCGACGCAAGGAUCUCAUUCAUCAACGGUCUUUUGCUCCCAAUCGUGGUUCAUUUCGUUACUACGGGAGCUGCAUUCUAUCAAGCCUACAACAAACUUGGAGACAAUGAUACGGCACACAGUCUUGCAUACGGAGCUCUGUAUUCGUGGCUUCUGAUCGUCGUUGUCGUAGGAAAUUGUGUUGCCGCAAGCGCAAAUGCAAAAGUCGUAGCAACGGCAGUCAAGAAUCAGUUUACGCUGGGAGGCUCUCGAGUGCCACUUCGUCGUUGGUACACCAAUGUAGUCGAAUGGGAAUGUGGGCUCACUGACAUUGGAGUGAGUACUAGACUCUCCCGGCGGAUGGGGAAAAGUGAUGUUGCUGCUUCGACAAAUGCUUUUGGUCCUCGAUUCUACCUUAGAUUCGCCAUCGGUCAGUUCCUAUCGUGGGCCUGUGUGGCAUUCUUUGGUUCUUGUGCCAUCACAAUCUCUUACACUACGCCUACCGUGGGCUGGGGCUGUAGGUCGCUCAACCACUUGCUUUAUAUUGUGUUUUCCGCAUUAGUAGCCCUUUUCCAGGUGGUCCGGCAGCAUCUUGCGAUCAAGUACACGCCGAGACAAGAUGUCGCGGAGCAAAUUGCUGAGAAGCAAGAUACCAAGAAGCGAUAUGUUGAGGGUGAAAAUGACGGGUUGAUGGCUUCGAAUAUCUCAGAGUCCAAAACCUCGCCAUAUAUUCGGAUCAGCCGAAUUAUCUAUGGCGUUCUCGUCGGUAUCAACGCGUUCAUCCUGAUAUGUGGCACGAUAUUUCAUUUUGUCGGCCUUUAUCGCAGCAACUCCUGCUCUGCAAUAUUCACCAAGCCCAGUAGCGCUGUCAUCCAACUUGCUAAACAUACACAAUUGCAUCUUGAUCAAGCUCGACGUUAUUGGUGGUCCACUGGAUAUGUAGCAUAUUGUAUUGCGUGGAUCAUCUGUGCGAUUGCGAUCGCGGUGAGGAAGUACAUUCAUUUGGCUCUGGAUAUCAGAUUUAAUGGCUCUGAGGAAACCGCGGAGGAAGAGACCUCGACAACUAAUAUUGAGAAAGGUCAUGUUGUCGUGAAAGCAAGAGAAGGGAACACCGUUUCUGAGGAAGAUAGAGACCCCUUUACUGUCUCUUAG